AUGGUGCAGGUAGCCCUGGUGGCUCCAGCUUCCGUCUCAAGAGGUCAAACGUGCCCUACGACUUACCAGCCAGUGUGUGGCUCCAACGGGAGAACAUACAGAAACAUCUGCAUAGCUCGGAGGGAAGGAGCCCGAUCAGUGCGUCAAGGUGCUUGUUCUCAAGCACAGAGUAGAAGGCAAGCGUGUAAUUGUUCCAACAGCCGGAGCCCUGUGUGCGACACAGAAGGCAACACGCACCAGAACAGGUGCUUCUUGCAAUGCAGAAACAAGAGGCUUGCUUACAAUGGCCAGUGUAGGAGCUCAGCAGGAUGCAGCUGCCCUGAAAUGUACAGCCCUGUAUGCGACACUCAGGGGCAAACGCACGUGAGCGAAUGCAAAAUGAAGUGUCAGCGUAGAAGUAUUGCCCACUCGGGCCCUUGCGCUUCUUCAUACGGUUGCGGUUGCCCCGCUCAGUUCCAGCCCGUCUGCGAUACUCAGGGCAACAAUCACCCCAGCAGAUGCGCUCUUCAAUGCGCCCGUGCUCGGUUUGCAUACGAUGGCAGCUGCUUACGCUUUGGAAGUCGUUAA